UAAUAAUGAUUUUUAAUAAACAAAUGAGUAAAACCAAUAAGAUACAAUUAAUUCUCAUUCUCGUCUAAUUAACAUGCCUACUAAGGAGAGAGAUUGUUUGGAGGGUAUUGAUGACUAUUCACCAAAGACCACCGAAUCUAAGAAGAAGAUAAUAAUACAAAAAUAUAUAUAUGAAUACCCAUAUUACACACGUUUUAUAGCUAUAAAUAGCCAUGCCCACUUAUUACAUUUUUCACCAACUAUCUUACAAAACCUUCAAAAGAUGGCAUCCUUAUCUUCUCCCACUAUCCUCCUCUUCUCCUUCUUUCUCAUCUCCAUUCUAGUCUCUCUCUCCAAUGCUACUACAGCCAAAACAGUACCAUUUCCCAAGGCCCUUGUCCUACGCGUUACAAAGGACACUAAAACUCUCCAGUACAUAACACAAAUAACCCAAAGAACCCCUGCAGUACAGGCCAAAGUUGUCUUAGAUGUUGGGGGUGAGUUCCUUUGGGUUGACUGUGAAAAGGGCUAUAAAUCAUCAACCAAGAAGCCUGUCCCUUGCGGCUCACCCCAAUGCCUCCUGAGCUUGUCUGGGGCUUGCAGUUCCAAUGGGAAGUCAACUGAAAGCAUUUGUAGCGUGACUCCAACUAACCCAUUUUCAGUGAGUACAAGUGGUGAUUUAUUCACAGAUAUCUUCUAUAUCCAAUCCACCAAUGGAUUUAACCCCGGAAAAUCUGUUUCCGUACCCAAUCUCCCUUUCGUUUGUGCUCCAAACUCUCUAUUGAAAGGUCUUGCAAGUGGAACUGUGGGUAUGGUUGGCCUUGGAAGGAACAAAGUUGCCCUUCCUUCUUUGCUCUCAUCAGCUUUUAACUUUCCCAGAAAGUUUGGCAUUUGUUUGUCUGGUCAUUCAAACGGUGUCGUUUUCUUUGGCAAGGAGCCUUUGGUGCUUCACGAUGUUCACGUCACUGAUCCAACCUCCUUGAUUUACACUCCACUAAUUCGUAACCCAAGAAGCCUUGUAACCACUUCACAAGGAAAUCCAUCAACCGAAUACUUCAUUGGACUCAAGUCCAUUAAUAUCGAAGAUAAGCCAGUUAAAUUCAACACUACACUACUAACCUUCAAGAACGAAAAUGGUCAUGGAGGAACCAAGAUAAGCACCAUUGAUCCAUACACAACAUUGGAAACUUCCAUAUACAAAGCUGUUGUUGCUGCAUACAUUAAAGCUGUAAAGAUUCCAACAGUUAAAGCGGUGGCUCCAUUCGGUGCUUGCUAUAAUGCCAAGUCCAUUGGGUUCACCUGGAUAGGACCAAACGUGCCUCGCAUCGAUUUGGUGUUGACCAACGAUAAAGUGUGGUCAAUAAUUGGUCCCAACCUGAUGGUUAAUGUGGGUAAUGAUGUGUUGUGCCUUGGAUUAGUUGAUGGUGGUCCACUUCACUUUGUUGACUGGGGUGUUAAGAGUACCCCAACUGCUGUUGUUAUUGGAGGGUUUCAGAUUGAGAAUAAUUUCCUUCUCUUUGAUUUGGGUGCUUCAAGGCUUGGUUUCAGUAAAUCUCUUCUUCCUAGACAAACAGAAUGCUCUAAUUUCAAUUUCACAUCUGUUUAAGUACUAACUACCAGACAAAUGUUAUCCAAGUUGUCUUUCUUUUUUUUUUUUUUUCCGUUUUUGUAGUGUGUGUGUGGUUAAUUAAAAAAUUGAUCGUUUCAAUAUUUAUCACGACUGUUAAUAAAAUAACAUUUCUAUUUGGCAAGCAA